AGGCACAAUUUAGUCGACCCCCCUGAUCGUGAACGACCCCACGGCCAUGAGCAUGACAUUUUAUCAGUAGAACUUCAUGUUGCAGCUGCAACAGGUGUGUAGUCGUGAAACGGGUAUAAGUAAGCAUUUCUUGUUUGUAGAUGAAACCCCACUCGACACUGAUGUGGGAAUGCUUUUCUUGAAGUCAAAAUCGAAACGCAAACACCUCACGCGUCGUGCGCCACAGUAUCAUUGAUUUGAUGCAUUUUUAGGCAAAAGCUGCAAACCCAACCUAUGUGUUGCGUUGGAUAGUCGAAAUGCUUUGUCAAGACCACGGUUUUGAGAAGUAUGCCAACGUGCUGCUGGGCCAAGAACUAUCAUGGAGGAUAUUCUGAGAUGGGUGCUCGGCUACCCUGCUUCUACCGAGCCUGCCGAGCCCGGCGAGACACAAAGUAAGGCUCUUGACAGAAGUAAAUCUUCCUCGUCUGGAGAGGACGGGCGUGGGGUCGUUGCAACAGCACCCGGUAGCAGGUAUGGCCGCCAGAGUAAGAGGACGCGAGCCGCGGGCGCGGCCACAACGGGGGCCAACAAAAACGGGCAGAGCAAAGGCUCUGCUGCUCCUCCUACGGCGCCACGACCUGGUCGUGACGCCACAAACAACAAGAAUGUAGAGGAACUACAGAACUCCCCCCCUGCCGUGCGUGGGGAUAAAAUCAAUGCAAGCGAGCACCGGGCGUAUAUGAAAGAGCAGCACAAUUGGGGAGAGGACACGCUAGACCCCCGGCGGCGCCUGUCAAGUCACGCCACAUUAUUCGCGUGCUGCUGCUGUGCCAUUCUGGUCUGUGGGCUCGCCGUGGGCAUGCUGGUGGUGUGGUACGAGGCUACCAAAGGGACAACCAACACAACUUCUUCCAGCACAAGCAGCACCGAGGUGGACCAAACUGCAGGCGACUCGGCCCUGGCGGCGGCAGCGGAACACGUGACCGACCAGCUGCUCCUCGAGCAGCGCGGCCGGGCCCAGCACGUAAGCGUGCUCGAGGACCUCUUUGAAUUCGAUCUGGAGACGAGCACCACCAGCGUCAGCACCGAAGACGUGUUCGGGUCCACGGGGUCCCUGGUGCUGGAGCAGGUAACGCAAGCGACGCAAACGGACGCGAAAACGCUCCGCCUCAUCGGGCUGCUAGCCAAGAACCCCUACCUGUCCUACUACGCGGAGGAGAUGGCGGACUCGUGGCUCCUCAAGCAGUGGGACGCGGUUCUGAACGAGGAAAUCAACCAGAAAACGGCACAGCAAAUCAAGGAACAGGCGCUCCAGCAGCUCCCCAGCCUGGAUCCGGAGGCGGACUGGGAAAAGAUCUGGAUGCUGGAGCGGAUGCAGCAGUUCGACUUCAUCGUGGGCAGUUUCGCAGACACACAGGUGGGGAACGCCGACGUGGAAGACAACAAGGGCGGCUGGACCUUCCACGCGCAGCGCCUGUCCAACGGCGAGCAUAAGUUGUGGCUCAAGCUACGGGGCACGUCCAACGCCCGUGAUUGGGUCACCAACCUAAACAGCCAGUACAAGGAAACCGCCAUUUACGAACAGGAAAUGCGAUUUCGUUCGAAUCCACUUCCACAUAUAAAAAUUUUCACUGCAAUCAUCGCAAUCAAUAAAUGAGAAGUCGUUUCAUCUGCCAAUUUGGGUGGAACAAAUUUGUCAUCCUCAAGGGAAAGCGGAAGGCGAGCCGCCGCUUUUUCCGCGUCGCAAAGAAAUCUUCUAGCAUAGCACGGAUAACGUGAUAGUGUGACGACGAGAUGACCACUGCUCGUGAGCUCUCACUACGUACUCACGCAAGUGCGUCUGAGUAUGAGUAUCUAGCUUGAUGUUGAAAAGGAAAACCAAAUCUCUUUGUGGCCUCCUACAGUUCAGUAUGCGAAUGACCACAAUGAAUCUGAAUGAGAUUGAGACUCCUCCUCCUGAUGAAAAAGAUCUGUCUUUUGGAAGAUUGCAGUGAAAUAAAACAGCGAUGUGUUUGCGGAUAUUCAUAUUUUUUCCUUCGAUAGCAGCCACGUGGAGAAGGGCGUCGGAUUUGCCCGGGGGUUCUCCAACAAACUUGGAUUCAUAGGCACCGAGAUGCGCGACGGGACGGCCGCAGUGAAGACCUUUGACGCGAGCAUCGCCGCCUCGGAGGUCGCGCAGGCGGACAGGGCCGCCCUGUACCCCGGAGCGCAGCAAGUGUCGUGCUGCGAUGACAAGCUGGUGCGCAACACCGCGGACAAACGGGACACGGAGAGGCUCGCAUACGUGGACAACACCUACGGAAUCGCGUACCGAGCCAUUCAGGAGUACAUGAAAAAACACGGUAUCCGGUUCUUCCACCACGUGGUCGUCACCGGCCACAGCCUGGGCGGCGCGCUCGCCCAAAUCGCCACGGCGCUCCGCAACAAGAGCCGCGACUACCCGGACCUGAUCGCAAACCAGCUUCAGCGGGACGGGCUGCAGAACACCGACUUACGGUUUGGGACCAAAAACUUCGGCGCCGCGGUGGACACACUGGAAGCCAUAUGGCAGCUGGCGGGCGCUUUCGCCGACAAUUUUCGCAGCUAUGGGUGGGCGCCCGCCCCCGCGUUGCUGCUGGUUUCUGCGGUGAACCCGGAGGGCGUGGCGGAGCCGCCGUCGGCCUGGAGCAAAAUUAGCCAAGCGUUUCAGGCUGCAACCGGCAUGAACGCGGACGCGGUGGCCGCGGAGCACGCACUGCAGGACGCAAAGAUGAACGAUAGCGGGUCGCUCCUCGUGCAGCGCCUGCGGCGCGAGUACCGCGUGGGCUUCUACGGCGAGGAUCCCGUGCCCAGGGUGCCCUGCUACACCAUGAUGUUCCACCCCGAGCCCCGGUCCGCAUUGUACGUUGCAGCGGACGCGGACGACGCAGCCAAGGACCAGCUCAGCACCGAGACUGGCUGGUCGUCAGACAUUUUUGCCGUGCUCAGCAGCGCAGGUGUCAGAAAAAUGCCCGCGCCCACUGGUGAAGUUCAAGGUCUUGCGCCCGCGCAACCCGCAGAUGCUGGAGCUGGUGCGGCUCCAUCCGCGCUUCUCCUGACGAGUCCCGCCUCCACUGCAGAACAACUCGCACACCGAAGUGCAGUCGCCGCGGAGCCGCCAGAUAAAGUUGAUCUUGCACAGCCCCCGGUCGAUGUUGGUGACAAGACGGCCAUGCAGCCAAGCGUUGUUCUACCUAAGAAAAGAACUACCGAGGAACCCGCAGCACUUCCGACGGGCAGCCCCAGUGGAGGACCGCAUAUUUCCUCCGCCGUAGCCGCGCCUGCUCCAGAUCCUCCCGAUGAAGCGAGUCAGAGUCCCGCACAGGACAAUGCGUCGAUAUUGGGUUCUUCUGGAGGCGGUACAACUAGUACGCAGAUGUUGACUACUCAUGCUGAUGAUGCAUCUAGCACCUUGUCCUCAUCCUCGUACUCCUUUUUGGCAUCCAAAAGUCUCAAGGAAAAGAGUGCGCGGAACGAGGUGGAGCAUGGAGCUCCAGGACAGAUAGCACAAGUAGCCUCAGGAAGCGCUAGAAGUCAGAGGUCUUCCUCUUCCCGCACACGACCAGAGACGCUGUUGGAAGAAGAGUUCGCUUCCGCGUCGGCCACGUCCUCAAGCAGCGCGGGGCCGACGACGAUUCUGUUUCGACUCGGGGGCGCUCGGUUUCGCCAGUUGAGCGGCACCAACUGCCGCUCGACCCCCGAGCUCGCUUCGCAAGGCCUCACCCUAACCGAGGGGCACGUGCAGGCCGGCACGCAGGUGAUUUUGCAGCUGAAGCAGCUCCUGGACGCGGCGCACCACAAGCACCACCUCUGGCAGGUGUUUGCCGAACUCCAACACGAGAUCGCCUCGUUUAGCGGGGACCUUACCGAGCGGGACCUGGACGCGUACUACGAGGCCCUGCAGCUGCGGGAGACGCUGGCCUGGCUGUGGCUGGCGCUCUGGCUGCUCCCGAUAACGUGCUUCUCCUAUCCCGUGUAAAAACAUCCCCACCCCAGAGUUGUCAUGCAGAUUUGCACUGACAGAAACAUUUGUAAUGCGCAUCACCAUGAGAGGAAUUUCUAGUCGUGUUGUGGCAUUUGUAAUGCUGUAACCAGGAUCAGCAGAUGGAUUUGUGAUGCGUUUUCCCUUGCUAACCUCCUGCACUACACUUCUACGGACGGAAACUUGUGAUGCACGAGUCCCAAAACUUCUAGGUUUGUGUUGCAAAGUCCCCAUUUUGACUCUGGUGUGGGGACGUUUUUAGUCAGGAUAUCUCCUGCCUCGUGUUCUGUUGCUUGGACGGCGGCAAUAUCAAAUGCAAAAAUGUCUGGGUCUGGAAGAAUGCGCGAUUUGUCAUGCUGCUUUUCCAUGACCAAUGAGGUCUGGAAUGCAGGACCUAGCAAGACAGAUUCUGUGCGAUCUCUCUCAUGCCUAUCCUGCAUGAGGAACUCCCUCCCGACUUGGUGAAAACUGGACGACUUUUGGUAAUCAUGCAACGCUGAUUUUUGCGUGCUUCAGAUUUAGCAUGACAAGUUGCAAUCUUCCAGGAGACCCCGACACUUUUACAUUUGAUAGGCAAACCCGAGGGCGGAUCGCCGUCCAACACCUGGUGGUUUGAUGCGUACUACCCCCCGCCCAGCGAUUCCGAUAGGCACAAGUUCUAUCAGGACCAGGGCCGUGGCCAAGAAGAAAAGGCAAUGCAGACCAUCGCUCCCAGUCCCGGAACGGAUACGGAGCAGCGCGCCGUCACUUUAGAACAGAAGAACCAAGCGGCGCGCCACGCAGCUGACGCGUGGCACCAGAGGACGCCCUGGUGGCAGUGGGACUGGGGCGGGGAUCCCUACGGAAGUGUCCGCCAGGCUGUAUGAAAUGUAAAAAUGUCUGGGUCCGGAAGAUUGCGAGAUUUGUCAUGCAUAUUUCGGAUCACGCAAAUGGCGUCUGAUGCAGGCAAAAGCAUCACAGGUUUUGAGCACGCCUCAUGAUGCCUGUCCCGCAUGAGAGACUUCCUACUUGUGUGCCAAGAAGUGGACAGCUUUUGGCGCUCAUGCAACACACAUUUUUGUGUGAUCCAGAGUUUGCAUCACAAGUUCUAACCAUUCCAGACCCAGACAUUUUUACAUUUGAUAGGCUGCGCGCCGGAUAAAAACAGCCUGCUGUUCCUGUUGUGGCGGGCGUGAAGAAAGCGACCGCGACGUGCAGAACGAGAAGUAUAAUUACCACUAUGGAAAUUACUAUAAAGACCAAGACGGAAGAGGCUACAAGAACAACUACUACGAAGGCUAUUACAACAAGAACGAACACGUCGAGGACCAGCAUAAAGACUACAGAUACAAGUACAAUAAGGGCUACGAAAAUGAUUUUUACGAUGACGGCUAUGAUGAUAUUAGCGGCUAUCGUCAGCGCGGAGGCGAUGAUGAAAACAACGGGUACAAUGAAAACACCGGGCGAUUCGAUCAAUAUAACAAUGCCGGCGCGCGGAGCAACCGGCGCAACGAAAACUUCGACCGAGCGUAUGGCGGGACGAGCGCGAGCCCUUCUAGAACAAACACCCCCGGGCGAGGCACGCAAGCUCAACAGCUUGCUCCGGGCACGUCGGUGCAACAGUUGCAAACUAAGGGCCUGGAAGAUGAUGCGCACCAGCAGCGUGCUGGAGCCGCGCCGCUUCGACGCGCUACGGGAACCGCAGCUGUACAUCUUCACCAGCAACAGCAAAACAAGAAUUUUUACGACAAAGACAAUAGGCAAAUUAUGCGGCCACAGACUGCACCACACGAAGAUUAUUCAGUUACCAGUAGUCCUUACGGAAAAGGGCAAGGAGCUGUCGAUCGCGACAGAAACAAUUACGGUGGGUACGACAACGCAAGAGGUGGGCCGAAAUCCUUCAACCAAGCCCCGCAGUCGCAGCAGGGAAAGAAUAGAGGCCCAGACUACGGGGGCCCGCGUGGCGGAUAUGAUAAUUACACAAACUACGCAAUCUCGGGCGGACACACUACAAAUUUACCAAGACUAGGGCCAAUACCGAGGAACCUCUACGCCGGAGAGGGAGAGGCGCAUCAAGUUGAAGAGGCAGAAGCAGCUGCUAGGGAAACGGAAACGCACAUCAGUUCGAAUCUAGAUGUAGACGAAGACGAAAGUGAAAAGCGGUAGCGUCAGUGUGGUAACAAAAAAAUUAAAGCAAGCAAAAAAAAUAAACAAAAAGCUUGAUGUUGAACAGGAACAAGCAACGACGACCAAAAAAAAAAACAGAAGUAACCUCCUGCUCCGGAUGAGUCGUGUCCUCAUUAUACAUAGUCGGUGCCGACAAUGUAAUUCUUUAUGGCCGCACAAAUAGAAAUGCGCACGCACGUGAUGCGAUAAUCAACUGCGAAAAGCCCUACUUGAAAAUAGAUGGCUGGAAAAGCGGCGCGAGGGCGAUUUUUUCACUUCUCAAGGAGGACAAGUUCAAUUAUGGUCGUCUUUUAUGUAAGAAUAGCUUGUUGCUGUGGUGUCCGUCUGACGCAGACGCUGACAUGAUCGUGACAUCACUGUCCAUUGCCCGGACACCGCAAAAAGCAGCCGAGAUGCGAG